GCGUCGCCUCUUGAUUUCAUCCCAUCUUACCUCCUACGACGAUGGCCUGCCCACAUCUGAGCGAGAUAACGCGUCUGGAGCCCCCGAGGCUCUCUCAGUCUGUGCAUAGGGAGGAGUGCACGCAGUGCUUUGACAAUCAGGAUAGUCCUUCUGGAAUCGACGUGUGCUUGACGUGCUUUAAUGGAGGCUGCCUUGAUCCUGGACGACACCAUGCGCGUACACACGCCCAACGCGCGGGGCAUCCUUUCACGCUCAAUGUAAAGCGCAAGGCGCGCCCAUCGGAACAUAGGGCUAAGUCCGAGGAACCGCCAGCGAAGAUGAAGAAACUUGCGAUUGUGGAAGAGCGGGAGGAAGACAAGUACGAACAUGUCACCACUAUCAAGUGCUGGAAAUGCAACCCUGAGACUGGCGCACCCCUCCCCGAGGCCGCCAACGACGACAAGGUCAAAGCUCUCAUAACCGGCGUCAUGCAAUCCAUGUCCUCCGCCCGGCAGUCCGAGGUCCAAGCCUGGGAGGAGGAGAUCCUCCCCUGCGAGCACACCCUCAUGCUCCCCCAAGCCUCCACCGGCCCGAUCCCCCAGUCCGGCCUCGCGCACUGCGCGGCGUGCGACCUGCGCGAGAACCUGUGGCUCUGCCUCACCUGUGGCGCGCUGGGGUGCGGGCGGCAGCAGUUUGGCGGCCUCGGGGGCAAUGGGCACGGUCUGGCGCAUUUCGAGGCGACGGGGCACCCGGUGAGCGUGAAGCUGGGGACGAUCACGCCGGAGGGUGGGGCGGAUAUAUAUUGUUAUACGUGCAACGACGCGAAGCAGGACCCGGAGCUGGCCGCGCAUCUGGCGGCGUUUGGGAUCAAUGUGCAGACGCAGACGAAGACCGAGAAGAGCAUGACGGAGCUGCAAAUCGAGCACAACCUCAAGUACGACUUCUCGCUCACCUCGGAGGACGGGAAGGCGCUGGAGCCACUCUUCGGCGCAGGCUUGACCGGCCUAUCCAACCUCGGCAACAGCUGCUACAUGGCGUCCGUCCUGCAAACAGUCUUCUCCCUGCCCGCUUUCCGCGAGCGGUACUUUUCCGUCGAUGCUCUCAACACGCACGCAGAGACCUGUAGCGAGCCCUUACCCGCCGCCUGCGUUGAAUGCCAGAUGCGCAAGGUCGCGGAUGGCCUCGUUAGUGGGAGAUACGCGUACCCGGCGCCUACGCAUGGCGGCUUCGCGCAGAGCUCGCCCAUACCAGAAGCCGAACCCCGCAAGCAGGACGGCUCCGUACCCGUCUUCCAAGCCGGGCUCAAGCCGACGGGUUUCAAGGCGCUGAUCGGCAAGGGCCACGAGGAGUUCUCGACGAUGCGGCAGCAGGACGCGGAAGAGUUCUUUACGCAUUUGUUGAGCGUGCUGAGGCGGGAUGCGCAUAAGAGGAAGGAUGGGAGCUUGAGGGAUGCAACCCAAAUCUUCUCGUACGGCCUAGAGCAACGGCUUCAGUGCACGGACUGCAAGCGGGUGCGAUACCGCGUGGACGCGGCAGAUACGGUCAGCGUCGCGGUGCCGGCGGUGGAGAAGAGCAAGGACGCGGAGGGAAAAAUUCAGUACGAGGACGUGCGACUGAUGGAUUGUCUGGAGGCGCUGCUGAGCCCGGAGACGCUGGAGUAUGCGUGCCCGUCGUGCGGGAAGAGCGUGUAUGCGAAUAAGCAGACGAAGUUCGCGUCCUUCCCAGAGGUGCUCGUCGUCCACGCGAAGAAGUUCACGCUCGUGAACUGGGUGCCGGCUAAGCUUGACAUCCCCGUCAUCCUGCCCGAGCACGACACGGUCGUCCUUGAGGAGCGGCACCUCGGACGCGGCUUGCAACCCGGCGAAGAGCCCUUGCCCGAAGACGCCGCCGCCGCCGCCCCCGCCCUGCCGGAGUUCAACGCCGCGGCGCUGGGCCAGUUGGAGGCGAUGGGCUUCCCGACCGUACGGUGCCAGAAGGCGCUGCUGGCGACGGGGAACAGCGACCCGGAGGCGGCGAUGAACUGGCUGUUUGAGCAUAUGGAGGAUCCGGACAUCGACGAUCCCAUUCAGCCUAGUGGUGGCGGCGGGGGUGCAGCUGAGCCGUCCGCCGAGCAGGUGGCCAUGCUUGCGGAUAUGGGCUUCACGUCCGCGCAGGCCAAGAAGGCGCUUCGGGAGACGGGCGGCAACGCCGAGCGCGCCGUCGAAUGGCUCUUCAGCCACCCAGACGACAUGGGCGAGGAGUCCGCGCCUACCGCAUCGUCAAGCGCGCCGGCGCAGCCCGGGAUCGGCGGCACGAAGGAGGCGCCCGUGCGCUUUGCGCUUAAGGCCUUCAUCUCGCACAAGGGCCCGUCCGUGCACUCGGGUCACUACGUCGCGCAUAUCCGCGUAGGCGACGAGUGGGUGCUGUUCAACGAUGAGAAGGUGGUGAGGGCGGAUGCGGAGAGCGUGCGGGAUCUGAAGCGGUUUGCGUAUCUGUACUUCUUUGAGAGGGUUUGAUGCGGAGGGGUUGAUGCGGACGCAAAUGCAAUAAAGGCAUGCAAAUGCAAUAAAGGCAUGCAAAGGCAAUAAUGGGGGACGGGGUCACAAUAACAUAGGUAGUGGAAUUGCAUGGGUUUGGGAAGCACUGUAUAGUAGCAGCAAUCACAAACUAGUUGACGAG